AUUGUCUGUGUAGGAAUAGACUUUGGCAUCAUCCCAUGGGGGUUGUAGUUGCAUCACUCUUUAAAGGACUCAUUUUGGGUCUCGGCACUUAUUAACCUGCUGCAGUUGCAUGGUAGCUGAAGUCUCCCCACACAGCUCUACAGGUUUUAGGGGUCACUAACGGCCUCUUCUGAAGACCACUAUACUUCUGAAGACUUCCACUUCUAAAGACCAGUGCAUCCAGGCUUCAAUUCUGAAGACCAGGGCUACAAGAUUCCAUUCUGAACACCAGUGCUACCAGAUUCCGUUCUGAAUACCAGUGCUUCCAUUCGGAAGACCAGUGCUACCAGAUUCCAUUCUGAACACCAGUGCUUCCAUUUGGAACACCAGUGCUACCAGACUUCCGUUGUUACUUUUGGUCCAUGCCAGGUCUUAGAGCCUUUAAAAAGAACAGAAAAUCAGACCUUUCCCUCAGUGCGGCACGGGUGCAGGAGCAGGUAUGGAGCUGAGCAAACGCCACUCUGGGAGCCAGAGACCCGGUCAACCGGCCGUACAGCAGAGAGGCACCUGGAGCCGGCGGCUUGAAUUUGUCCUGGCCUCCAUCGGCUAUGCAGUGGGUCUGUCAAAUGUAUGGAGGUUUCCCUACCUGUGUUAUAGAAAUGGAGGAGGUGCGUUCUUUAUUCCCUACUUCACCAUGGUGUUCCUCUGUGCCCUGCCCAUGGUGUUUCUGGAGUUUUCCAUUGGCCAGUUCACACAGUGUGGACCUGUGCAGGCUUUCACGAAAAUAUGCCCAUUGCUCAAAGGGAUCGGGGUGGGUACGGUCGUGGUGUCCUUCAUUUUCAUCGGUUACUUCAACACCCUGAUGAGUUGGAUCCUCUUCUACCUCUUCAACUCGUUCAGCUCCCCGUUGCCUUGGCAGUCGUGCAACAACACCUGGAACGUUCCGGAAUCCUGCUCAGUUGGGUUCACUGUCAACGACUCUCUGAGGCAGUCGGCCAGCCAGCAAUUCUUUAACCACAGACUCCUGCAGGUCACUGAAGGGCUAGAGCAUAUGGGCAGCAUACGCUGGGAACUACUCGGCUGUCUCAUUCUCGCAUGGAUGAUUGAAUACUUCAGUAUCUUCAAAGGGGUCAAGCUAACUGGCAAGGUGGUGUACUUCACGGCGCUGUUCCCCUACAGCAUCCUCAUCAUCCUGCUGGUGUUCACCUGCAGACUGCCGGGGGCAGCAGAUGGCGCCCUGUUCUUCCUCACGCCCAAGUGGCACAAACUCAAAGAGGUCCAGGUUUGGAUUGACGCUCUGUCUCAAAUCUUCUUCUCCAUCGGCGUGGGCUUCGGAGUCAUGAUCUCCAUGGCUAGCUACAACAACUACAACUACAACAUUCUCAGAGAUUCUCUCAUUGUGGCCUUGGCCAACUCGGCCACAAGCGUCUUCUCUGGAUUUGUCGUCUUCUCAGCCCUUGGCUACAUGGCUCACGAGCGGAAUCUUACUAUUGACGAUCUCGCUGUCGGAGGGCCUGGCCUUGCGUUUGUGGUGUAUCCUGAGAUCUUGGCCACCAUGCCUGUUCCCCAGCUGUGGGCCUUCCUCUUCUUCCUGAUGCUGCUCUGUCUGGGACUGGACAGUCAGUUUGCGCACCUGGAGCUGGUGGCCACAUGUGUGGUGGACGGCCUCAGCCCAAAGCUGCCCACGUGUCUGAGGCGGAAGGAGGUGCUCCUCCUGCUGGUCAGCAUGGGAAGCUUCCUAGUGGGCCUGCCCUGCAUCUUCCAGGGUGGUAUCUACAUGUUCCAGCUGAUGGAACACUACACAACUGCAGUGUCUGUGCUCGUCAUGGCCGUGCUGGAGAUUGCUGCCAUCAGCUGGAUAUUAGGUCUAAACAGAUUUUCCACAAUGCUCACAAAAACACUGGGGAAAUCACCAAAUAUCUACUUCAAGGUUUGCUGGUUGGUUAUCACCCCAGUGAUGGUCAUGGCUAUAUUAGUCACAAGUAUAGUGCAGCACACCCCUCCUCGCUAUGGGAAGUGGUACCAGUUCCCUGAUUGGUCCAAAGCAGUGGGCUGGAUGUUGACUAUGGCUUCCAUCAUCUGCAUCCCCCUCGGAGCACUGCAUGAACUCUACACCAGGAAGGGCUCUCUCAUGGAGAGGUUGAGGUCCUCAGUAACCCCCAGUCUGGAGCUGGAUGUUCCCCCAGCAUCCCAUCAGGAACAGGAGAUCUGCCUGUCCAGCAGAUCUGAAGAAGCCUGAUUGACUUUAUCUUUUUUUUUUUUUUUACUUUAUCAGCUUUUUUAGAAAUUAUUUACAAAAUAAUUCAUCUUAGACAAUCUUUUUCACACUUAGAAAGAUUUCUAAGAUUAUUUUCAUUAUGGGACCCAACUAACAAUGAAUACAGACAGUAGGCCUAGCCUAAGCAUGCACUGAGGUAUUAUGAGGGGGCAGGAUUUUCCUGGAAGGAAACAAAAUGUGAGCAUAGUUUUGCUCAUACUGCAGCUUAAUUAUUUGGUGUGGGUUGUUGUUGUGUCCAGAUUUGUUUACAUUAGUAUUGUUUGAUGUUUUACUGCAAAUCUUUUACUUUGUUGUUACUGAGUGUUUUAGUUACAAAUCAGAGUGCAGUUGUGUCAGCAUCAGUCGGAACACAUAAACAGGAGACUCUUGCCCAUGGAUCUGGACGGACUGGCACGAUGUAGCCUAUUAAAUGACUAAAUAACAAAAGUUAUGUGUCUGUGUCAUAUUGUCUGUGUCCUAAGGCUGUCUGUAGUCUGUAGGCGAUUUAAGACAUAGCCUACUUGAGAUAGUUGGUCCCGGGAUGGUUUGUCCCCGCUUCUCAGCAGUUUACAUUUGAUGAAAACUAUCUCAAUGAAAUUUGAUGCCUUUCACCCCUAUGAGCUACACCCCGCAUACCGGACUCGGAGGAAUCUUGCGUGCGAGACCCCUGACUUUUACGGAAUAUUACUGUACCGCUUUUUUUGACGGCCUUAACCCUCCGAUUAGUAGAUGUUGGCCUUAAUGCUUCGGCUUAAAACGUUCGGUUUUCACAACCGACGUGGAUUUUAUCAGUUUUCCAUAUGCGAGAUGCUGGGUCGGGUCACAGGCUCAGAGGACAUGGAGCAGGUAAAUCAGGAUCAUGUGAAGAUCGGAGAGGGCAAAUAUGUGACCAAGAAGUCCCUGCUGUCUCAUCUCAAAACUUACAACAUGUACUAUGAGGGGC